GUGUCACAUCCCUUCAGAAAAAUGUACACAUGAUGCGCUAGUCUAGUGUGCAACACAAGUUCAAAGUACACCAAGUUGUUAAACCGCCAACUAAAAAGAAAAAGGAGAAAAGUUCAAAAUGUCUGACCCUCGGCAUUCAGUCUUGCUGAACACAGGUUCCCGGAUGCCACUUCUAGGCCUGGGUACGGGUCAGCUGCGUGGUCUGGAGAACCUAAUGCCGGCUGUGGAUGCCGCCCUGGCUGCAGGUUAUCAUCAAUUUGACACGGCUGCUGUGUACCGCAACGAAGUGGAGUUAGGACAGGCACUCCGUGAGCUGCUGCCAAAGCAUGGGCUUGAACGUGCUGACAUUUUCAUCACCAGUAAGCUAGCGCCUCGGGACCAAGGCCCCAUGGCGCCUGCAGCCUGCCAGCGCAGCCUGGAUCAGCUGGGACUGGAGUACAUCGACUUGUUCUUGGUGCACGAGCCGGGCACAGAGGGUCUACGUGUCGAGGACCCACAGAACAGUGUCAACCGUGCCCAGAGUUGGACGGCCCUGGAGGAAUUCCUCAGCCGUGGAAAGUUCCGGGCCAUAGGGGUGUCGAACUACAUCGUGCGUCACCUUGAGGAGUUGUUUGCGAGCUGCAAGGUGCCUCCUGCCGUCCUCCAGGUCGAGUUCCAUCCCAGACUCGCCCAGACUGAACUGAGGGCCCUCUGUGCUCAAAGGAGUGUGUGCUUCGAGGCCUACUCUCCGCUGGGCACAGGGGCACUUCUCUCAGACCCUGUGGUGCUGGAGGUGGCCAAGGGGUGCGGGAGGACUGCCGCUCAGGUGCUGCUAAGGUGGGCAGUGCAGCAAGGCAUACCUGUGAUUCCCAAAUCAAGCAAUCCCAGUAGGGUGCGGGAGAAUGCGCAGCUGUUUGACUUUGAACUCAGUCAGGAGGACAUGGACCGACUGACUGGCUUGGACUGUGGCCAGAGAUUCGACCCUGAGGACCCUUCAUUGGUAGCGUAGCCGCAGGGGCAUCAAACAUCCUCUGGAGUCAGAAUCCAGAUUUAAUUUUAAAAACUGCACUCAAACCACUAUAUCUGUCCUAUGAUGUCUUUACAAUCUGAUAAUCUUGUCAUAAUAUUAAUACAGAGCAGAACAGACACAGCUUUUGUACCACAGUUUGCAGGAAACGUAAUUAAUGUGUGUAUUGUCAUGUCUUGAUUGAUUUACUCAGAGAGUCUCAUGGAAACCGUGGUCUCAGUUUCAUCAACAGUACUCAUCAUGUGAUUCUCAAUCAUGUAUUCCUAUAACCUAACAUAGUCUAUUUUGUAACUUUCAUAUGCAUCCUUAAAUGGAUCCUAUUAUGUUUGGAUAAGUCCUGACAAAUAAAUUGUUAGCUCUGA